UCCGCUCUCACACCCGACAUUACAACAACAAGGCAGGCGAGCCGAGCUGGGACGGGGAGUCGACGCUGACUGACUGACUGACUGACUGACUGACUGGAGAGUAAACAGAAAUCCAACAACCUGCUACCAGAAGAAUUCCAACUCAUAAAAGAUCUAGAGAUGAAGCAGAUAUUGUAAAAGGGGACCCACCUGCCCCUUACCUGCAACAUUGACUGUUUUUGGUGUUAUACAAGUACCAGUAUGGAGAGAAUUUGAGGUAGCUUACUCCUCAGGACAGUCCUGAGUUGUGUCAGUGAAGGUUCCUCAGAGCCCACUUUCUAGUAAUAUGAGCCAUGGACUCUGGGGCAGUUGAUAGUCCUGUGACCUUGGUCAUUAAGGCCCCCAACCAGAAGUAUGAAGACCAGACCAUUAACUGUUUCCUUAACUGGACUGUGGAGAAGCUGAAAAGUCACAUCUCCAGUGUGUACCCCAGCAAGCCGCUGUCCAAAGACCAACGGCUGGUGUACUCAGGAAUGCUCCUUCAAGACCACCUGCAGCUCAGAGAUGUGCUUAGAAAGCACGAUGAAUACCACAUGAUGCAUCUCGUAUGUACCUCUCACAGUCCCCCCGGCUCACCUAUGCCUCGGAGUCCCUCCAGCACGACUGCUUCUGAUUCCAGCAGUUCAGAGAGCGCUGGGUCCGUAUCUCCUGCCACCACACCAAAUCAGGAAAGUCAGUCAGCCUCUUCAUCCUCCUCCUCUUCUGAUCCAGCGAGUUUUGAUGGGCUGAGGUACCGCGGCGGCUUCGCCCAGUAUCCUCAGAGCACCGCUGGUAUCCCUCAGUGUUCCAUUCUCUCUCCCUAUUCUCCUUCUUUUUAUCUCCAUUUUCUCAGUCAAGCAGCAGUAGCUGCCUCGCAGCCUCCCAGCACCUCCCCUCCCUCCUCCCCCACCCCCUCACCCCAUCAGCCUGCCCAACCCAAUGCUGUGCAGCCACCACUGGGACCUAACGCGGCCCCCAACGCCUUGCCAGAGAACCAGCCGCCCAACCCCAUCCAGAUGAACGCUCAGGGCGGAGCCGUCCUAAAUGACGACGAGAUGAACCGCGAUUGGCUGGACUGGCUUUACACAUUGUCUCGCGUGGGCGUCCUGCUCAGCAUCGUCUACUUCUACUCUUCUUUUAGCCGCUUCGUCAUGGUGGUCGGAGCCAUGUUGCUCGUCUACUUGCACCAGGCUGGCUGGUUUCCCUUCAGGCCAGAGCAGCAAAACCUCAGAGGAGGAGGAGGAGUUCCACAGGAGGAAGCAGAGAGACACCAGGACAUGCAGGAAAUGGAACGACUGAUGGACGAAGGAAUGGAGGACGAUGACAGUGGCGAGGAUGGAGGUGGAAGAGCGGAGGAUCAGGGCCGGGCGGCGGCUGCUGCUGCCGUCCGCGAGCCGAGUUUCAUUACAGUCGCGUGGUCCUUCAUCAGCACCUUCUUCACCUCACUGAUCCCCGAGGGACGACCCCACGCAGACAACUAGGUAGACCCCCUUGCUUCUAAAAAUAAUUCUUCUUCCUGCUACAGGAACCCCCCCCACCCCACAUCUUUACUGGCCAUAAAUAACCUAAACGCAUCUUCACACAAUCCCAUAUGGUCAAAUUGACCGAAGAGCCCGCCUAGCCUCCUGUCCUCAACCAAUGAAUGAAGUGUAAGAGCAGUUGCAGUGUGUUGCUGCAGUAAUGGAACCUUUGGUAAAGUCAUGUCAGUGCUGUGUUAAUGGAGUAAAAGCUUCAGCAGUGAAAGUUUUUGUUUUUGUUUCAUCGCUUGUGAAUUCAUUAAGACUUGGCGAUGACGAGAGACGCUAAAGGGAGUUGUCUUCCAUUUUGAGCUGUGAUAUGGUUAUGCUUGUGAAUAUUUUAUUUCAUUAUUUUUUUUUAAUAAUGGAUGUGACCCAGAAAUAAAAAGAAAAACAAAGAAAGGAAUUUCCCUAAAAUAAUAGGGAAACGUUUCCUUAACAAACCAUGGAAAACACAUCCUCAAAGACAUUUUCAUGUAUGCACACAGUGUGCAUAUAGACAUUGCAGCUACUGAAGCACAUUGUUUUCCCACUUUGUGUAUUUUAAAUAUCUAUUUACACAUGUAAGUAUAUGCAUCUUUAAUUCCUGAAUAUAUGCUUUUUUUGAAUAAAAAUCUUGCUGCAGUUUAA